AUGUCGGACGAGGAAGAGUCGAAAAGGAUAUCGGUUCAAGUGUCUUCCUUAUCAACUCAGUUGAUUCAAAGCAUUGACAAACAAUCACACUUAGAAGAACAACUUUUGCAAGCUAAAAGAACAAUUUCAAAUCAAAGCAAUGCCUUGAACUCACUUGAAGCGUUGAAAACAGAGCUGGAGCAACUCAAAAGUAGUCAUAGAAAGAAAAUGGAAGAAAUGGUUAAAUGCCAAAACCAACUAGUAUCGGAAAUAGCUUUAAGGCAAAAAGCUCAAGAUGAUGCAAGCAGGCUCAACAAGGAGGUAGAAGAUUUGACGGCGUCCUUAUUUGACGAAGCGAAUAAAAUGGUUGCUGAAGCUAGAAAAGCGACGCACGAAGUUGAGAUCAAGAAUACACGCCUUAGCGAACAGAUCAAAGAAAAAGAUUUGGUGCUAGAGACUCUUUCCCUCCAAUUAAAGAAUCUCAAGAAGGUACUCUACAACUUAGACUCGAAUAAAGAUUCUAAUGUGCAGAAAAACUCCUCAAAUGAAAUCCCGGCUAGCUCUAAUGUGUCCUCCGGGUUAUCAAUAUCAAAAACUCCGUCGAACGUGGAAAAUACAUGGGAUACAAACGUGAUUUUCUCACCAAAUCUCCAAACCUUGCGGUAUGACUUACUUCUGUAUACGGAGUUCUUGAAAUUUAUCGCUGCGUUGCCUUCUUGUAGCUCUAUCAAGGAGACCGCUGCCAAUUCGAAGCUUCUGAAACGAUUAGUUAACGACGAAAUUCAGCCAAUACUACGUUUGGAUAAUGCCAACGGGCUCGGCUGGUACAUCAAAAGACAUUUGAUGAGUCUCAUGAUUCAAGGGCUGGUUGCCAUACAACCGAUAAGUGGCAUAAAUGAAACUUACAGAGCUGGGUACACGUCACCACAAACCACAGGCAUCACUUCACCUGCACUCGAAGCUCAAAAAGAGCGUCAUUUAUUCAACUAUCCGGUAAACUCACCACCUGUGGCUGUUCAAACACCUUGUGCAAUUUGUUCAGAAAACAGAGAUGACAUUUUGGAGCAUGGGCGACUAUAUGUUAUUAAAAUCUUGAAAAGCGAGGUGGGGAUUUUCGACGAUGAAACAGAGUUUCCCCUAUGUCACUAUUGUUUGCUAAAAAUUAGACAAACUUGCGACAUAUUCGCCUUUUUGCGCUCCUUAAAAAGUGGUGCUUGGAGUUUAGAGAAGGUUGUCAUCCAAAAUCCAUCAGAGGAGCCUUCCCAACUCUCAGAUCCUUCGUCGAGUUCACAAAUCGCCACAAACGAGCCAAAUAAUCUGAACACCACCGAUAAACUAUCGAAGCGGCUAAGCUUUCUUCCUGCUCUUAACAAGCAGAAUCAGGUUCAGAAAAAAAUCUCAAUUCAAGCUGGUCCCGACUUUUGGAACAAAGAGAAACUGCCAAGUACUAAUGUUCAGCGAGCUUGGGCUCAGCUGUGUAAGCUGCGAUCCUCGUUACACUGGGCACACAUUGGUAUAUGGUCCUUAGACGAUGCCGUAUCUGCCAAGAUUGGUCCCGUUCACCCACAUACCGAAGAGGAACGAGGAAGCCACGAUCUGAAUUCUGGCCUAGGAAUUUCCAGAGAUGCGAAAGCAGAAGGGUGGAACUCCAAUAUACAGCUUGACGCGGGGAGCGCCUUCAAUUUCGAAUCAGAAGUAAAAUCGCAGGAGCCACAAGACACCAGUAAAACUUACAAUAACGAUUCUCAAUCCAUUCUGGAAUCCUACGCUGACAAAGAAUCUCCUAAGACCAGCUCGGACCUUGGUGCUAGGCAAAGUACGGACCCUGGCCAUGAUUCAGAAGUCAAGAAGCCUGAAGAAGACAUGUCUACAACAAACAUCAAGGUCGCAGAAGAAGAACCCCUAUCACUUGAGCAAUCUGCUAACGGGGGGAUUCCUCUCGAAAAAGACGCAGAAGAAGCUAAAGUUGUCGAAAUCACUUCUACUCAGCCUCAGGACUCUUUUGUCGGGGGGACGCGGAACGAUAGUCCAGUCGUAAAUGAAGAAUCAACAACUGCCGAUACUGACGAAGAGACAAAUUUUGAUGAUGCUUUGAGCUCUCACUCAAAACAAUGA